AUGGCAUGCCCAUUCUCACGUGGAUUCACCAGGACCAAAUUGGAAAGUGAUCGCGAGGGAUGUGAUGACGGAGGCUCCAGUGGGAGGAAAUUUAGCAAUGAUUCUAUUGGGAAACUGCCCUGUAAAAAUGAGAGGUUCAAAACUUGCAGACAAUCCUCCAUUCAAAUCACCUCAUCGCUGCUAGGAGAGGAGAUCGACGAUCAAGAAGACACUCAGACUCUUAAUCUCAAACACCUCAGAGCUGCUGUCCUCAUUCUUACUAAACCAUCGGUAAUUUUUGAUUAUUUUUACUAG